AUGAGGUGUGCUGCACACACAUGGAAUUUAAUCGCCACCAAGGAUUCAGAAAAGGUUCUCGAUAAAAUUGCAUUCAAAAAAGCUUACAGAAGUGCUUUAGCGAAGGCGAAAGCGUUGUGGAAUCGUCAGAAUCAAAGCACAAUAACCGCAAAUGCCCUCCACAAGGAACUGGGCGUAAGGUUGAUCGUGCCAAGUGAUACGAGAUGGAACAGUUUCUACGAUGCGAUUGUCUGCUUAAACAAGGUUGUUGAAACGAAAAGGGCCAAUCUCCGGCGGGCUAUGAUUCAACAGGGUUUAACAGCGUUUUCAGAGGAAGAUUAUGAAUUUUGGACGGAGUAUGCCCAUGUUAUGAAUCCUGUAGCGACUGCUAUCGACGUGGUCCAGAGCGAUGAAGGCGCUUAUCUCGGUUGGUUGCUACCGGUCUGCGCCACGGCGUCUAUUAAACUCAAUGAGAUCAAAAAUAGUCAUCUAUUUUUGAUCUAUUUUUUUGCGAACCGCUUGUCGACGCACUACUGCAAGGCAUCAGGAAAAGAUUCGGUCCAAUGUUGGAUAAUGUUGACUGUUUGCUUGCGGCGGGCUUUCAUCCCAGGUGAGGAAUUGAGCAGAUAA